AUGUCUCCACCCAUCUACAACGAAUUGGUCAAGGUCCCAGCUGAUUUGGUCAAGAAGGACUUCCCAGACUCAUGCCAGGUUGAGGUCACCAACCUCGUCCCAAACACUCCACUCACUUUGGUCUCCACUGUUGCUCGCAAGCAAGACGGUUCAUUCUUGCUCACCCUCAACCCAAAGUACACCAUCAACAAGAACUCCAAGCUUAGCUUCUCUGCUGACUCCUCCAAGUUUGGCAAGGGUGAGCUCACCAUUGAGAAGCUCGCUCCAGGUUUGAAGGCCAUCAUCACUGCCGACUCGAACAAGGUUGCCCAAACAGAGUUCCAAUACAUCAAGGACAACGUUGCCUUGACUGCUAUCCUCCGCAACAACAUGAAGCUGAGCACCUCCCUCGUUCUCAAAUACUCCAAGUUCUCUGUUGGUCUGUUGGCCAACGUCAACGGCUCCAAGCAGGAGUUGGAGGGACUCGAGGCCACCUUUGCCUACAAGGACGAGGGUAUCCUGGUCGCUUUGUCACCAAAGAACAAGGGACAGUCCCUGGUUGUCUCUGCCUACGACAGAAUCAACUCGAGACUCGCCCUCGCCGGUGACCUCACCGUCGACCUCAACGCCCCAGACCAGGCUCCAUUGUUCAACGUCUGCGGUCAGUACUACAUCGACUCCAAGUCCUUCCUCAAGGUCAAGGUCAACCAGGAGGGCAGAAUCGGUCUCGGCUACACUCUCCCAGUCAACGACAAUGUCAAGAUCGCCGUCGGAUACAGCAUCAACGGAAAGGAUCUCACCUCUGCCGGUAAGAACAACUUUGGUUUCAACGUCAACCUCAACUUCUAA